AUGGAUUCCGCGUUUAGAUUGGCGAAGGAGAAGCUUGAGAGAGAGCACAGAGAGAGGAAGGAAAGGGGGAAACUGAAGCUCGAACGAGAGAGGAAAGCCAAGGUCGCUGCGCAAAAGCAACGCGAAGCCAUUGAAGCUUCUCAGAGAGUCAGAAGGAUUGACGCCAUUGAAGCUCAGAUUAAGUGUCCUCCUCCGGCGUCUCUGAAGAGACACGAUCGAGCCGAGAAGCAGAAACGGCCGAAGCUAAACCAUCUCGACAUUGAACGUGGCGCCACCGUCUCGGCUGAUGACCAGCUUCAGCUUGAUCAGGCUAAGGCUUACCUUGCUGAAAGAAAAAAAUAUGUCAAAUCGAGGCGGAAAGUCUUGCCUCCAUGGAUGAUGACGACUCCAGAGAGGGUUAAGCAAUGCUUGUCUCAACGUAUGCAAGGAAUGUAUCUGACCGAGGAACAAAGAGGAGAGAUGAGACAAGGAGCAAAGCUUGUUGGUGGCUCACAAGGACUUUCAGAUGACAAGAAACCAGGCGAUGAUGAUAAGUAUAUGAGGUAUCGCAAACCUUAUUACGCCGCUCAAAUGAAGCAGCAAGAGGUAGCUGAAAAGCCGAAUCAGCAAGAAUCCACAGCCUUCUGUUGUAGAAAAGCUGGACUUGAAUUUGGAGGCAGAAGCAGAAGAAGAAAACGUCGAUUGUGAAGAAGGCUGAAAGCAAGAGUAUCAACCAUUGACCAUAUUUAGAAUUGAGGUUGAUUAUGGAAACCAAGAAUAACGAUGAUGUGAUAAGCGAUGCUUUAGUGCAAUAUUAGGUUAUGAUUAUGCUAAGAUUGCUGUUGCGGUUCUUGUUUUCAAAGGAAAGAGCUUUAUCAUCUU